UCCCCCCCGCUUCCCCCCACCAUCCGCCAUGUAACUAGGUAAGAAAGUGAGUGGGAUGCUCCCCUUUGAUUUCAUCAACCACUACGAUCUUUACCAUGGCCGUCCGUUUCUAUCAUUACCCAUCCCUUCAAGUAGAUCCUCCCUAUCCUACAACCGCAAGUUAGGUUUACUUGAAUUGGUAUGGUACUUGGAUUCGGACAGAAUAAUUGCGGCCAUUUGAGUUGCCCCGUAUUAUGACCUGCAUCUGCAUAGACGCGUAUGCUUGAUUCGCAGCGUUGUCACGAGCAAAUAUCCCCUUGAUCUUCGUCUUAUAAUAAGACUUUAAUUUAUUUUUACAUGCCGAUUGGGCAGCCAGCUACCCACAUAGCUGCACCUAUUUUCCAUAAUGAGCGAGCUUCAGAGGGCCUGGGCUAAGAACCGCCUAGCUGCCUUACCACCUGAGAGCUUUGACGAGCGGGACGAGGAUGAGGCUGACCAGGUUCCCGAGCUUCCAGAACAUCCCGACGAUGAUUCGUCCUCGGCUUCUUCAGCUUCUUCCACCGGAACCGUCAUCCCUUCUCCAAGUCAGAACUUAUUUGCCAGACCUCAGGGCGCGCCGAGAGGACGAUCUCUCCAGCAGAUCCCCUGGACUACUUAUUUCCAGCGGGAACUGUUUCUCCACGACCCAACCAGCCCUACAAACCCUACCUUCCAUGCUUACCUAACGUCUCCUGUUGGAAAGGGCCCUUUGUUUAUCAUGCAUCAUGGUGCUGGUUCCUCAGGCCUUUCUUUCGCUUUAGUCGGAGAUGAGAUUCGGAAACGCCUUCCGUCUGCGGGUAUCCUUUCACUCGAUGCGCGUGGUCACGGUUCAACAGCGAUCCCUCCGGACAAUCGAACAAUCGGGCUAAGUCUUGAGGUUCUCACUGCGGACCUCCUCUCAGCCAUAUUGCUAACUCAGAAGGAAAUGAGUUGGCCAGAGUUGCCACCCAUUAUCUUAGUCGGACACUCAUUAGGAGGUGCGGUUGUGACUGAGCUGGCCAACACGGGGAAGCUUGGUAAUUCCUUGUUAGGAUACGUUGUUCUCGACGUAGUUGAAGGUUCCGCCGUUGAUGCUUUGAAGAGCAUGAACACUUAUCUUUCCACACGACCAACUGGUUUCACCACCUUGGAAGAAGGGAUUGAUUGGCAUCUUAAAUCGAGAACAAUUCGUAACUCACUCUCCGCCCGUACCAGCGUCCCAUCCUUGCUGAAACUCGUCGGAUUACCGGGUGAUCCGAGACCCUGGAAGUGGAGGACGGAUCUCGGAGCGACAGAGCCGUUCUGGGAGAAUUGGUUCACAGGGCUAAGCAAGAAGUUCCUGAGCGCGAGGGGUGGGAAGUUAUUACUCCUCGCUGGCACGGACAGAUUGGACACCGAAUUAACAAUUGGCCAAAUGCAAGGCAAAUACGCCCUGCAGGUAUUUCCCGAGGCAGGGCAUUUCAUACACGAAGAUCUACCCGAAAAGAUCGCGAUAUCUCUGGUAGACUUCCACAAGCGUAACGAUCGGACCGCCUUAGUGUUACCCCCAAAAGUGUCCGAUCUACUUAAGCAAGGUAAGAAGGUCUAACAGGAUAUUUGUGAGGAGAUGAAUAUAGAGGAUUGCAAAUGUGAAGCGGCUUGAAAAGUCAUAUCA